GCGGAUUCUUCGCAGCAAGUUGCAGUUGUGCGUGUGACUGUGAAAAAAGUGUGGAAUUGUGAACCGGAAAGCAAUUCGAUUGGUAAAACCACGUUUAGCUUCGGUUGAUAGCGUAUCUGCCACUAUUUGAUAUAGUCUCCAACCAGGACCAGUAACGAGUAAUGGUCGGUUCACGCGUGUAUGUUGGCGGUUUGCCAUAUGGCGUCAGAGAACGCGACCUGGAGCGUUUCUUCAAGGGUUAUGGCAGAACUAGAGAUAUUCUGAUUAAGAAUGGCUACGGCUUCGUUGAAUUUGAGGAUUAUCGUGAUGCGGAUGACGCCGUGUAUGAGUUGAACGGGAAGGAGCUGCUGGGAGAAAGAGUUGUAGUGGAACCUGCAAGAGGAACUGCGCGUGGCCCGAGCGGCUACCGUGAAAGAGAUCGAUAUGAUAGGGACCGUCGUGGUGGACGGUAUGACAAAUAUAAAAGCAAUUCCAGGAACAGUUCCCGCUAUGGACCGCCACUUCGCACCGAAUAUCGUCUGGUUGUGGAGAACUUGUCAACCCGUGUCAGCUGGCAGGAUUUGAAGGACUAUAUGCGCCAAGCCGGAGAAGUAACUUAUGCCGAUGCUCACAAACAACGUAAAAAUGAAGGCGUGGUAGAAUUUGCAACGUUAUCGGACAUGAAAACUGCAAUCGAAAAACUGGACGAUACAGAGUUGAAUGGACGACGCAUUCGUUUGGUUGAGGACCGUGGGCGUAACGGACGUAAUGGACGUGGUCGUUCGAGAUCUUCCAGCAGUCGCUCUAGAUCACGGUCACGACGUAGAUCACGUUCUCGUUCUCGUUCGCGUCGUUCGUCGCGCAGCCGAUCCAAGUCUCGUAGCCGAUCAAAAUCGAAGAAUGGAUCGAAAUCGCCAGAAAAAUCUCGCUCACGUUCUCGCUCAAACAAAUCGCGCGACAACAGUAAAUCCAAAUCACGUUCCCGCUCGCCGAAACGCGAUCGCGAUGAGUCCCGUUCCCGUUCACGUUCGCGAUCGAAAUCGCAUUCUCGCUCGCGUUCCAAAUCCAAGGAUAACAAGUCGCGCUCUCGUUCCCGAUCCCGCUCCCGUUCGCCACGUUCGCAUUCAAGAUCACGCGACCGUUCGCAAUCGCAGGAUAAGUCGCACGAUAAGUCUCGUUCGACAUCACCCAAAAAUAACGAUCACUCUCCGGAGCGUAAUGAAAGUAUGGAGGAUUGAGCACAUAAGUGUUCUGCUUUUAAAACACAUGUAUGUAACGACGAAGCACGACUACGUUGUACAAAAACAUGUACCUCUACUUUAUCCAUUUUUAAAUAUUAAUUAUACGCAUUAAUCUACCAUUUAUGCAUACCUCGACGAUUUACUUCUACUUAGAGACAGACGAUCGUCCUCCAAAUGUUUCAUUAAAAGCAUACAAAUGUAGAAGAAAUUGUUUUUUGUUGUUUGGCCCAACAGGAAAUAACAGUAGAAAUAUGAAAUUCAAUUUGAACGAGACGGCAACACCCAACAGUAAUCAUGAUUCUAACUAACCGUAUUUGUAUUCUAAACUGUAUAAUGGUGUGGUGCCGAUCAAACCACCCAACUCAUUUGUCUCGUUUAUGGCGGGAUUGUUGCGGUAUUUAGAAUAUAUAAUUAAAUCAGUUUCCAAUAAUGCUGUCUAGGUGUAUCAGACAACGAUAAGGAGGGGUUCUAUUUUUAUCUGCACAGAUAAAAGUAGUUGUACGCAGUGGUGAAAAUGGUAGGAUUAGGUUUCAUCUGUGUAGUAACAUCAUACACGCUUAGAUGCUGUAUGUUUCAUAAGCAAUUGGAACUGGCGGAAGUUUGAUUUUAAAUGUCCAAUUAAAAGAGUACAAGCGUACGAAAAUUCGUUUUUUUUCUGAAAAGGGAUAAAGUGGCAUUUGGUUUGCUUAAGCACUCAAGUGAAUAAAAUCAGUGUUUACACGUGCAC